AUGACUAUAAUAGGGAGGUAUGUAAAGUUCUCAUCUAAUUCUGUUAUUGUUGAGGAGUCAUUUUUGGGGUUUUUGAAUGCGAAUGAUACCACUGGGAAGGGACUAUUUGAUGUAACUUAUGCGGAGUUACAAAAUCUUGGUCUUGAAAUUGAUGACAUGCGUGGCCAAGGAUAUGACAAUGGGGCAAAUAUGAAAGAGUCACAUCAAGGAGUCCAAACGAGAUUUUUAAAAGAAAAUCCAAGAGCAUUUUACACUCCUUCUGGUAGCCAUUCACUUAACCUUACAUUAUGUGAUAUGGCUUAUAGUUGUGUUAAAGAAAAGAAUUUUUUUGGAUACGUCCAACGGAUUUAUACUAUUUUUGCAAAUUUUAUCAAUCGUUGGCAAAUUUUGAAAGAUAAUGUGAAAAACUGGAGUCUAAAGUCAUUGUCUCAAACUCGUUGGGAAAGUCGUUUUGAGAGUGUUAAGGCAAUGCAACUUGAAGAUGUGCGGGAAACUUUGCUUGAAGUUGGAGAGAUAGAUAGUGAUGCUGCAAUUGCAGAGGAAGCAUUAGCUUUAGCAGAAAAUCAACUUAGUGGAUUUGAUUUUUUGCAUUAUAAAGAAACAGGUUUUCCUAAAGCGAUUGAAGAAGCUACGGAGAUUGCUAGUGAAAUGGAAAUUGAUCCCAUAUUUAAAGAAAAACGUAAGAUUAAAAGGAAAAAAAGAAAAGAUGAGACUUCUAGUAGCGAAGAAGUUGCAUUUACAAUAGAAGAGAAUUUCAGAGUAAACUUUUUCUUAUAUAUUGUGGAUCAAGCUAUUGCUUCUUUAGAGAAAAGAUUUGAACAAUUUAAAUGGUACGAGGGUUUAUUUGGUUUUUUGUUUCCACGUACGUUGAGGAUUAUGAAAGAUGAAGAUCUUAAGUUGUCUUGUCAUCGUCUUGAAAAUGCUCUCAAGUUUAAAGAAAAAUCGGAUAUUGAUGGCGAGGCACUUUAUACAGAGCUUAAUUUAUUUCGUGACUCACUAACCAAUAAAUUUAGCAGUCCUGUAGAUGUUUUGGAGUAUAUGAAAGAAGACGGUUAUUCCCCAGAAGCAUGCAUUGCAUAUAGAAUAUUGUUGACUAUUCCAGUCACCGUGGCAUCUGCAGAAAGAAGUUUUUCGAAGUUGAAGUUAUUGAAAUCUUACCUACGACCUUCAAUGUCCCAAGAAAGACUUAGUGGGUUGGCGAUGAUUGCUAUCGAGAACGAAGUCUUAGAUGAUAUAAAUUGUGAAGAGUUGAUUCACCAAUUUGCUAUCAAGAAUGCAAGGAGAGCUUCACGAAUCAUUGGUUAG